AUUUUGAGGCAAAACGAAUGUUAAUUUGAGGGAAAACCUAGAAAAGAGUAAGAAACUUUAUUUUUCUAGUUUUAUUGGUGCUUUGAUGAGAUGGGCAUUGUUAUAAAAGUUGCUUCGAAAGUCCCAAAAUUUGUAGUCCUGUGAAUUCCUACCUCUCUUUUGAUAUCCUCGAGUGGCCAAACGAAGCCUGUCUGUAGAAUUUCAAGAGGUUUGCAUACAGAGUUCUUUACUUUUGAUCAAGUUCAUUGAUGUGUACCAUUUUAUUUGCUGUUUGUUUUAAACCUUUUAAUUUCUUAACACCCUCCUUGCAGACGAAUCUCUACACAGGGGUAACCAGGAAACAUAAACCCAGGGGUCGUCAUCAUGGGUUGACUAGUCAGAAAAAGCAGGAAAUAAGAGAAGCAUUCGAGCAGUUUGAUACUGAUGGAUCUGGUACCAUCGAUGCCAAAGAAUUAAAUGUCGCAAUGAGGGCUCUUGGUUUUGAAAUGACCGAAGAGCUAAUGAAUGGACAAAGCCUAUCCGUAUAUAAAUUUUUUCCGGUGCAUGUGAGGAUGUUUUUAUAUUCGGGAAUAUGGAGGUUAACCAGAUUCUUUCUCCCUGUGGUGAUGAUUGGUGAACAAUCUUAUGGAGGGCUUGUAUGA